AUGGGGCCGCAGCUGCUCCACCUCGGCGGCCCCGGCCACGGCGGCCACCCCUGCCGCCUCGACCACCUCGCUGGCCACCUGGACCCGCCAUGGAGUUCCUCGCGGGGCUGGAUGCAUCGCAGGAAGAGCGAGACGGCGCUACGAUGGAGGGAGGUUGUGGCGGCUAGGAUUUGUGUGGAGGAGAGGAUGAAGAAGACGAGCGCACAGCCUCUUUAUAUACGCUGGAGGCAACCGAGGGGCGCGACAUGCGUGGCAUUGGCAUUACUUCCUUGGCAGAGCACCACCACCACGGGCUCAUUCCCGAACAAGGCCCUUCACGCACGCCUCCUCCGCAAUGGCGCCCUUAACGCCGACCCCUCCGCCGCCGCUCCCCUCGCCGCAUCAGCCGCCAACUCUUCCCUCCCCUACGCCCUCUCCCUCCUCCAAGCCCACCCCACCACCUUCUCCUACAACACCACCAUCCGCUCCCUCGCCCACGGUCCAAACCCCCACCUCGCCGUCGCGCUCUACCGCUCCAUGCUUCUGAACCCCCUUUCCAACCCCAACAACUACACCUACCCGCCGCUCCUCGCCGCCUGCGCCCGCCUCCUCCUCGCCCGUUCACCAAAACCAGCAGCACCGGGCACCGCCGUCCACGCCUCCCUCUUCCGCCGCGGUCUCGAUUCCGGCGACCGCUUCAUCAGCGCCUCGCUGCUCUCCUUUUAUGCCGCCGCUGGGGACUUACCCGCCGCACGCCAUGUGUUCGACCGAAGUCCCCCCAAUCAAAGGGACCUGCCCCUCUGGAACUCACUCCUCCACGCCUACCUAUCCCAAGGCCUCUACACCCAGGUGCUGCACCUCUCCCGCCAGAUGCCCGCUGCCGACGAGGUCACGCUGCUCGCUCUCGUCUCUGCCUGCGCGCAUCUCGGUGCACUCGACACCGGCCGCUGGGCACAUGCUUACUAUGCGAGGACCCGCCGGAGCACCACGAGAAACCUAGGCACCGCUCUGCUCAACAUGUACAUGAGGUGCGGGGACGUCGAAAGCGCGUGGUCUGUGUUCCGCGAGACGCUCGACAAGGAUGUCCGGACGUGGAGCGUCAUGAUAGCUGGACUGGCUGUCAACGGGCUCCCGAGGGACGCGCUGGACUUGUUCACUGAGAUGAAGAGCAUCGGGAUGGACCCAGAUUCCAUCACCAUGACUGCCGUGCUGAGUGCGUGCGCCCAUGCUGGUAUGGUGGAUGAGGGCAAGGGGUUCUUGGCCUGCAUGCCCAUCGAAUAUCGUCUACAGCCCACCAUAGAACAUUAUGGUUGCGUCGUUGAUCUGCUUGGGCGAGCGGGCAAGUUGGAGGAGGCAUUGGCUCUCAUUAAGACUGUGCCUUUCGAGGCCGAUGUUGUGCUAUGGGGUGCUCUCUUAGUCGCUUGUAGGGUCCACAAGAAUGUUGACAUUGGGCAGAUGGCCGCCAGGGAGAUGCUCAAGUUGGAUCCUCGUCAUGCUGGGGCCUGUGUGUUCUUAUCGAAUGUCUAUGCUGCUGAUGGGAAAUGGGACCUUGUACAGGAGGUCAGGAACUCGAUGAAACAACAUAGGAUAUUCAAGCCUCCAGGAUCAAGCAUUGUUGAACUUGAUGGUGUGGUUUACGAGUUCUUGUCUGGUGACCAUUCGCACCCUCAGUCUGAUCGGAUAUAUGCCAUGCUUGAUGAGGUCUGCAAGACCUUAAGCCUCAAGGGGCACAAGCCUUCAACUAAACAAGUUACCUUUGACAUUGAUGAGGAGGACAAAGAAGUUUGCCUCUCGCAACACAGCGAGAAACUGGCACUUGCCUUGGGACUCAUCUCUACCAAGAGAGGAGCUGCGAUCCGUAUAGUCAAGAACCUGAGAAUCUGUGAGGAUUGCCACUCUGUCAUGAAGAUAGUCUCGGAGGUCUACGAUCGAGUCAUAGUUGUUAGAGAUCGAAACCGCUUCCACCACUUCAAGAAUGGAUCCUGUUCCUGUUUGGACUAUUGGUAGGACAAAGCGGGAGUGGUAAGGUUUUGUAGGAAAAAUGUAAGCAAUUCAUUGCCUUUUUAUAUUUAGGAUCCACUAAUUUUGUACAAUGGGUGACUGGAACGAUAUAAUCAUAGAGGUAACAUUUGUCCUAUUCAUGAUCAUAAGAUCCCUUUCUUGAGCUAAGAUUUUUUUCACGUGUGGCAUGUAGGUCACAUGAUCAUGUACUUCAAAACGGGUCUUUCAGCCUGCCUUGCACUAGUCGCUGAUUGACAUGAUUAUUAUAUGACAGUGCGGAGUAUUGAGUAUUGACCAAGAAGCUGGCUAAGAUUCUGGUCUGACUGGCAAGAACUGUUCAUCGAAUGUACGUCCUCAUCUCAGCAUAUCCCCUUCUCGAUUGUACUUGAUCUGGGACAAGAUUCUUAUAUUGAACAAGAUUUUCUAUAUUGUUUGGUGCUAUCGAUCAGCCGAAUGUUCUGGUUCAGAGAUCUUAGUUGUCGUAUUGACACACCAGAUGCUGAAGUAUGAGAUUUCGUAGCUAUGAGGCGGCGGGAUAAGCUCUUGGAGUUUGAUCAGGUUGAUGAGUUAACUUUUCUUGCUUCGUUAUACAUCUUCUAGACAUAGAGUUUUCUCUCUGCUCUCUGAAAAUUUAAGUCACGUCUAAACUGUACAUAUUUCAGCAAAAAAAUGAUCUAGUAAGUGGAAAUACUUCUCUGAGUUGGAAGUGUGAAAUAAAUUCAGUUUGAUAUGUUCAGGUGAUUCCUAAUGGAAAGAAGAAAAUAUCUCAUGGAUCUUAAAAUCUCUUUGUGAACAUAUACUCUGUUUCUUGGCCCAAGUGCUCAUCAGCAAUGCACCCCCCGAUGCUUACAUUUUUGUUUCAACCAUGCAGAAGACAAUCUUGUUAUUCAAGAACCAUGUUUUCUGGACUUUAAAGGUGUCCGCCAUACUUGAGAGUUGAUUGAUAUAUGCAUGGCUGUAUACUUUUUUUUUAAAAAAAAAUUGUUGGUUC